UUCAGUACUUCUCUUCCCACCUUCAUUCAUUCAUUCCAAGUCCGCUAGUCGGCUCCACAUUCUUUUCAGAACUCACCAUCGUUUGCAACGACAACCUUCACAAAACUCUCAAACUCCUUUUCGAAGACCCCAAACCAAUCCAUCAACAUGCUUUCCAAGAUCGCUACCCUCGCCGCCUUCGCCGUUGGCGCCCUUGCCCACGGCACUGUCAACGGUGUCACCAUCGAUGGCAAGUUCGAGCAGGGUUUCCUCCUCGACUACUACUAUUCCAGCCAGAACGGCCAGACCCCCGCUGAGCACAUUGGUUGGUACGCCGAGAACCUCGACAACGGCUUCAUCGAGCCCAACUCCUUCGGCGAGGCCGACGUCAUCUGCCACAAGGCGGGUUCCCCCAAGCUCUCCAGCGACACCAUGGCCAAGGUCGCUGCCGGCGGCACAGUCGAGUUCCACUGGACUACCUGGCCCGAGUCCCACAUGGGUCCCGUCAUCACCUAUGUCGCCCCUUACACUGGCGAUGUCACUGCCGUCGACAAGACCUCGCUCAAGUGGACCAAGAUCCAGGCUGACGGUUACGCCGAUGGCCAGUGGGCUGCCAUCAAGAUGAUCGGCCAGAACAACACAUGGCCCGUCACCGUCCCUGCGUCUCUUGCCGCUGGCAAGUACGUCUUCCGCCACGAGAUCAUUGCUCUCCACGGUGCUAGCGACGUCAAUGGCGCCCAGGCCUACCCCCAGUGCGUGAACAUUGAGGUUACCGGCUCCGGAACUGACACCCCCGAGGGUGUUGUUGGUACCAGCCUCUACACUGCUACGGAGGACGGCAUUGUUUUCAACCCGUACGCCGCCACCAUCGACUACAACAUCCCCGGCCCUGCUCUGUGGACCGGCGGAUCCGGCUCAGGUUCCUCCCCCGCCCCUACCACACCUAGCAACGGCACCUCCAGCGCGGCCCCUACUGUCACUGCUACCCCCACUGCUCCUGCAUCUUCCGCUGUUGCCUCUGCUCCUGCUGCUACUUCCGUCGCUGCUGAGGCUACCCCUACUUCCAGCUCCGCACCCGCUCCUUCCAGCGGCGCUGAGCUCCCCAAGACCUUCACCAUCGAGACUUUCAUUGCCUGGCUCGAGCAGACUGCGGGCUCGUCCAGUAACACGAAGGCUCGCCGCCAUGCCCGCGCUCUCUUCUUCUAGAUGUUUCCUUUAGACGUCUAGGUGGGGGCGGGCAUUAUUGAUGCUUCUUCGAGGUCUUUUUGGAGAGUAUACUGUGUCGUCGUACGAUGGUCACGUCUUUCUUUCUCUGUGUAUAGCUCUUACACCUUUUGUAGCAUAGCGCCUUUUGGGGACUAGAAUUGACUCUGUCCAAAACCUCUUUUAUACGCAUGUUUCACCGUGACCGAUCGUUU